AUUCCUGUUCUCUCCCCAAGCUUCAUCCAAAGACGACUCAGACAUUUGGGCUUCCUCUCCGACGACUAGAAAGAGAAAGAAUGUCGAAUAAUAAGAGCAUUGGUGUGGCGAUUUGCCUUCUGAUCAUGGCCUUGGAUGUCACUGCUGGCAUACUUGGGAUUGAAGCUGAUAUCGCCCAGAACCAGGUGAAGCAUUUGAAGGUGUGGAUCUUUGAGUGCCGAGACCCGAGCCUGAAGGCCUUCAAGCUUGGAGUUGCGGCGGCAGUGUUACUGACGUUUGCGCAUGUGAUUGCCAACUUGCUCGGUGGGUGCGUUUGCAUGUCGUCCAAAGCAGAGUUCCAGAGAGCCUCCGCCAACCGGCAGUUAGCCGUCGCCUCCCUCGUCUUCGCUUGGAUCACGUUGGUGGUAGGGUUCUCGAUGCUGAUCAUAGGAAUAAUGGCGAACUCCAAGUCCAGGAAAUCUUGCGGCCUCUCCCACAAUCGAGUGCUUUCCAUUGGAGGGAUUCUUUGCUUCAUACAUGGACUCUUCACCAUCGCCUACUAUGUCUCCGCAGCCGCUGCGACCAAGGAAGAAGAACAACUUCCCGCCGGCCGAGUGUAGCCCCAAUUCAAGUUGGGAUCACAAGCUGUUGCAUACUUCGAAAACCCAACUCGUAUUUCUUUUCGUUUGUGAAUCCCUUUUGUUCAUUAACCAAACAUUUGUUAGCAUUUUCUAAUUGUAAUUGUAAUUUCAAUUGGGAACAGAUGAAUUCAUUUCAUAUGAGAUCUUAACAAAUUCAUGUUGAAAUGAAAUGUCCUGAUUCAUUACAAUGAUCCGAUCAACCAAAACCCACAAAAGAAAACUGGAGUAACGAUUCCAUCUGAUUAAUCUAUUCUACUUCCUCCCUAAUUUUCAAUUUCACAAUAUCAAACUUAAGGAAAACAGAGCAUCUACUCGUCGGCGGUGGCGGCAGAGCGACCUUUGGCGUCGGCUCUCUUGGGCAAAAGCAUGUUGUGAAUAUUGGGCAUCACGCCGCCGUUAGCGAUGGUGACGGAUCCGAGCAGCUUGCUCAACUCCUCGUCGUUCCUCACUGCCAACUGAACGUGUCUCGGGACGACUCUCGUUUUCUUGUUGUCUCUCGCCGCGUUUCCGGCCAGUUCAAGAACCUGAAGUAAAAAAAAAAUUCACCGAAACGACGACGGUUAGGUUCUAGAUCUGAGAUUUCUGAGCGAUUCUAAUUGGGAUGAGGAGCGAGUGGGAAGGUCAAAAAGGAAAAUUACCUCGGCAGCGAGGUACUCGAGGACGGCGGCGAGGUAGACUGGAGCUCCGGCACCGACGCGCUCAGCGUACUUGCCGGUCUUCAAGAAGCGAGCGACGCGGCCGACGGGGAACUGCAACCCGGCCUUGGUGCUCCUGGUGGUGCUCUUCUUGUCCUUGACGGACCCAAUCGAUUUUCCUCUUCCGGACAUUGGAGAAGUUGAGAUGGGAAUUCGAAAAUUUGGAUGUGAGGAACUUGGGGAUGGCGCUAAUUUGACUGGAGAGUGGUUUG